AUGGAACCUACUCCAACUUCUACUCAGGAAGAAACACUUCCUGAUGACAGUCCUCCAAGUUCUCACGCACCUCCAGGCUACUAUGUCUCAAAUCAAUUUCCUCCUUUGACUCCAACUUCUGUUUAUCGUUGUCCUACUUUAACUGCUUUCCUUCACCAACUAAAUCUCUCACAAUAUCAUAGCUUGUUUGUUGAAGCCGGGGUUGGAGAAAACGACCUUGAGCAGUUUAUAGGAUUUGAUGAAUCUGAACUAAAAGAAGUAUUAUCAGCAAUAUCGAUGAAACCUUUCCAUUCUGCUGCUUUCAAAAGGGGAAUCAGGGGGCUCAGACAAACCCUUUCUGCAAGUCCGUCUUCUUUGAAUAAUUCAUCUAAAUCUUUCACAACUUUUUCGACGGCUUCUCUAGAGCUUCCGUCAGACAAUCCUAAUUCAUCUCGCAAUAAGUUAGGUAAAAUAAGUGAAACAACGGAAAUAUCAUCAUAUAAUGUAAAAGAUAAGGCAAUGGAUGCAUCGCCGAUAAAGAUCUCACCAAAUAGAACAACAAAUGCUGAAGAAUCUGCUGAAUCACCAAUACAUGAGAUUCAAGA